AUGCUCGCAACGAUGAACGGGCAGACUCAGGCCGGGCUUCCGAAUUCCGCUAAAGUUGCUCAACGUCAACAUUGCUACCUCUGCGAUUUACCACGAUGGCCAUGGGCAAUGUGUACGGAUUAUGUGGAACCCGUAUGUCGUGGUUGUGUGAAUUAUGAAGGAGCGGACAGAAUUGAAAAUGUGAUCGAACAUGCACGUAACAUGAAAAGAGUGCACGGUUUCCCUAUCAGUGAUGUACCGUCGACACGACAACCACAGAAGGAACUACCACAACCAUCGACCACUACGGCCGGAAGGCUCAGCCCUCAAAGAGUGAUCCCCGUUCCACCUCAACCUCAUGUUCCUCAACUACCGUCACAACUCGCACAAAUUACAGAUGUCCUCGCACAACAGCAGAGGCUUUUUUCCUUGGCGAGAGGGCAAGGUACGGGAUUAUCCGUUGAAGAUAUUGCUAUGUUACAACAACUUCGAACUCCUCUCAACGCCCAACUGCUUCAUCCAGCAGUACAAAUGGGUUUCCAAUCACAAUUGAUGAAUGGAAUUUUACCAGCCGGCUUGAACUCUGUGAUGAAUAACAGGAAACGAGAACAUGACGACGAUGUGAAACCGGAGCUGUUCGGAAAAGUUCAACGAGGUGAUGCACAAACGACGUCUGUAUCCCCAACCUCGACGCAUAGUCCCGAUCAUCCCGACACGAACGCGGAUAGGAGGCGGUUCAACGCGACGGGGGAACGUGUUCUUCGUUGCACCUUAUGCAAUCAGAGGCUAGAAGACACACAUUUUGUUCAAUGUCCAAGCGUUCCCGCCCACAAGUUCUGUUUCCCCUGCUCUCGUAACUCCAUCAAGAAACAAUGCACAGGACAGGAUCUAUACUGCCCAUCCGGAGAAAAAUGUCCACUUGUAAGCAGUGUAAUGCCGUGGGCAUUUAUGCAAAGUGAGAUUGCAACCAUAUUAGGUGAAGAAUAUGAAGAGUUCAAGAGACAGAGAGAAGCGGCUGGAUUGGGUGCACCUGGAGCAACCGCACAGCAAACUCAGCAGAAUACACAGAUCACCGAAUCUCAACAUUUUCUCGAAAAUGUUUUUCUUCUACGUAAAUACGAAGCAACUCAUGGAAUAAAUGAUCAACCAGCACAACAAUCGUCGCCGGCUUCAACAACCACAUCGAAUGCCUCCUCAUCAUCGGUAGCAACGACACCAAACAUGAUGGUCAACUAG